CCUUUGACAGCUGUUUCCGGUAGCCUGGAGGAGGACCCCUUCAUCACGGAUAAAAGGGGUCACCAGUCCGGUUGCCCUCAGACUUGGCAUGUCCCCUACUGGAUCCACGGCUCGCAUGUAAUCAGAGAACCAAGUACCCCUGUGACUGUGCAUGGCUUUAGGUGUUACCAGCGUUGCAUAUUAGCUAGUCAUUUAGCAGAAUUGUUUAUUGAAUGAGAUUUUUGUUCACAUUUCUAUCACAGGGAUUUUCGUCAUUAUUGAGUAGGUAGUGCUGGGAAACUCCCUUUGGUUGGAGUCAGAACCUCCUCCAUCUGCAUCCAGUAUAGUCUGGUGUUUAUUUGUUGAUGUAUGGUAACAUAUGGAUUGGGAUCGGUUGUGGUUUAUUAUAUGAGAUAUGACAAGAUAUGAAGUAUGAUGCGUAUGUUUUGUGGUUCUGUUCAGAAUGUAUUCUUAUUUAUUCACCUUUCCUUAUUUUUCUUUCUCUACCUGUGUUUCCAGAAUUGUGCGGUCUGCUGUUGGUAGUCUUUCAGUGAGGAAAGCAAUUGCAUUCAUAGGUUUCUUUGUUGCCCUCCAAAUCAGCAUGGAAAUCAACAACUCAAUCACAAAGGAAAUCCUACAGAUCCAGGGCUUCAACAUCUCCCCCCAGUUCACCUACCCUGUGGCCCUCCUGCUUCUCUUCGUCUACCUACUCAUCCUCAUCUCCAACAUCGGCGUGGUCACGCUGAUCGUCACCGAGAAAAGCCUGCACCAGCCCAUGUACAUGCUGUUCUGCAACCUGUCCGUGAACGACCUCAUAGGCAACACGGUGCUGCUGCCCCGGCUCAUGGUGGACAUCGUGUCCACCGAGAGACUCAUCACGUACAACCAGUGCGUGGCGCAGGCCUUCUGCAGCCACACCUUCGGCUCGGCCUCCCACCUCAUCCUGAUCAUCAUGGCGUUCGACCGCUACGUGGCCAUCUGCCACCCGCUGAGGUACGGCUCCCUCAUGACCACCCGCACGGUGGCGUGGCUGUCCACCGCGGCGUGGGCCGUGUCCGUCCUGCUGGUGUCCGUGCUGAUCGGCCUGACGGUACGGCUGAGCCGCUGCCGCACGCUGGUGCAGAACGCCUACUGCGACAACGCCUCGCUGUUCAAGCUGUCGUGCGACGACGUGUCCGUCAACAACAUCUACGGGCUGUUCUUCACGGUGGCGCUGUUCAGCUCCUCCAUGUUCUGCAUCACGCUCACCUACUUCCGGAUAGCGUUGGCGUGCUGGAUGCGCAAGAACAAGGAGCUGAACAGCAAGGCCAUGCAGACGUGCGCCAGCCACCUGGUGCUUUACCUCAUCAUGCUGUGGUCGGGCUUCCUGACCAUCAUACUGCACCGCUUCCCCGACUACCCCGACCUCAGGAAGAUCGCCUACAUCCUGUUCCACGUCCUUCCCGCUAAUCUCAAUCCAGUUAUAUAUGCAAUUCAAACGAGGUCGUUGCGUGAUAAGAUACUGCAAGUGUUUGGCAGAAAGGUCACUCCAUCUUUUUAACAUGUUUUAUAAUGGGACGUUCCUUGUGCUUGUUUUUGUGUUGUGUUUCUAAUGUUAAAACAUUGAUGAGGGGCAUUUGUGUGUGCUGAUAUUGUAAAUUGAUCAAGGACCCCGAUUGAUGAGGUGCUGAGUCCCAGACACAAGCACCUACCCCCUCACACACAUCAACAAUUACCAAGCAGAUAACCGAUCAAAAGUACAGCACAGCCAACUUCAGGUUAAUCUCCUCCGUCUGUCAGCUGCUGGGUUCAACCACCAAAUGUCUGCAGCUUACCUGUGGGCCAUUUUGAGCAAGAUUUCUAACCAUGUCUAACCAUGUCUAACCAUAUGAUCAGAUGUCUAACCAUAUGAUCACCUGAAUUUGAAUAAGUUAGUCACGUUGGAGAUAAACGUCUUAAUUACUAAAUUGUACUAUAGUAAUAGUAAUAUUAUAAACACAAUAUAACAGGGCUUGGACCAUCAGGCCUAGUUUGUGAUUUAGAUAUGCACUCC